AUGUUUAGGAAUGUUCUUAAGUUUGGAUUUCAGUUUACUGAUAAAUCUUUUCGCAAUUUUUCAUCAAAAGCAGCGUCUGAAGUAGAACCAUUGAAGAGCUUAACUGAUGCUGUUAAAAACGGCGAUUAUAUGGCAGUUGAAAAGAUUAUUGUUGAACAAGACCCAUAUGAUGUUCGUAGGGUUUUAAUGCCGUCCUUUACAUCGAAAGAAGAACCUAACUUGAUUGCAUCAACUUCAAAUACACGCCUGAUUGGUUGCUUAUGUGAACCCGAGGCUGAUGUUAUAAAUUGGAUGGAAUUGUCAAAGGGCAAACCAGCAAAGUGCUAUUGCGGACACUGGUUUAAAUUGAUCGACUUUGAAGAAUAUCUUUCCUCCUCUAGCAGCUCUUAA